AUGCGCGGCGGCGGCGGCGGCGCGGCGGGCGGCGGCUGGCUGGGCCUGGCGGCGCUGCUGGGCGCCCUGCUGGGGCCCCCCGCGGGCGGCGCGGCGCAGCAGUACCACGGCGAGAAGGGCAUCUCGGUGCCGGACCACGGCUUCUGCCAGCCCAUCUCCAUCCCGCUGUGCACGGACAUCGCCUACAACCAGACCAUCCUGCCCAACCUGCUGGGCCACACGAACCAGGAGGACGCGGGGCUGGAGGUGCACCAGUUCUACCCGCUGGUCAAGGUGCAGUGCUCGGCCGAGCUCAAGUUCUUCCUGUGCUCCAUGUACGCGCCGGUGUGCACGGUGCUGGAGCAGGCCAUCCCGCCGUGCCGCUCCCUGUGCGAGCGGGCCCGCCAGGGCUGCGAGGCCCUCAUGAACAAGUUCGGCUUCCAGUGGCCCGAGCGGCUCCGCUGCGAGAACUUCCCCGUCCACGGCGCGGGCGAGAUCUGCGUGGGGCAGAACACGUCGGACGCGCCGUCGGGGCCCGCCGGUGGGGCGGGCAGGGGCGCCACGGCCCACCCCACGGCAGGCUACCUCCCGGACUUCCUCACCCCGCCGCAGCCCCCCUCCGGCUUCUCCUUCUCCUGCCCCCGGCAGCUCAAGGUGCCCCCCUACUUGGGCUACCGCUUCCUGGGGGAAAGGGACUGCGGGGCCCCCUGCGAGCCGGCCCGGCCCAACGGGCUGAUGUACUUCAAGGAGGCCGAGGUGCGGUUUGCCCGGCUGUGGGUUGGCGUGUGGUCUGUGCUCUGCUGCGCCUCCACCCUCUUCACAGUGCUCACCUAUUUGGUGGACAUGCGUCGCUUCAGCUACCCAGAGCGGCCCAUCAUCUUCCUCUCAGGCUGCUACUUCAUGGUGGCAGUGGCCUAUGCAGCAGGCUUCUUGCUGGAGGAGCGGGUGGUGUGCCUGGAGCGCUUCUCUGAGGAUGGCUACCGCACUGUGGCCCAGGGCACGAAGAAAGAAGGCUGCACCAUCCUCUUCAUGAUCCUCUACUUCUUUGGUAUGGCCAGCUCCAUCUGGUGGGUCAUCCUGUCCCUCACUUGGUUCCUGGCUGCUGGCAUGAAGUGGGGCCAUGAAGCCAUCGAGGCCAACUCCCAGUAUUUUCACCUGGCUGCUUGGGCUGUGCCCGCUGUCAAAACCAUCACUAUCUUGGCCAUGGGGCAGGUGGACGGGGACGUGCUCAGUGGGGUGUGUUAUGUAGGUAUCUACAGUGUAGACUCCCUGCGAGGCUUUGUGCUGGCACCCUUGUUUGUGUACCUGUUCAUUGGCACUUCGUUCUUGCUUGCUGGCUUUGUGUCCUUGUUCCGCAUCCGAACCAUCAUGAAGCACGAUGGCACCAAGACAGAGAAACUGGAGAAGCUCAUGGUGCGCAUUGGUGUCUUCAGUGUCCUCUACACAGUGCCUGCCACCAUUGUCCUGGCAUGUUACUUCUAUGAGCAGGCCUUCCGUGGCACCUGGGAGAAGACGUGGCUCCUCCAGACCUGCAAAUCCUAUGCUGUGCCCUGUCCCAGCCACUUUGCCCCUAUGAGCCCUGACUUCACUGUCUUCAUGAUCAAGUACCUCAUGACCAUGAUUGUUGGUAUCACAACUGGCUUCUGGAUCUGGUCUGGCAAAACCCUUCAGUCCUGGCGACGCUUCUACCACAGACUCAGCACUGGCAGCAAGGGAGAGACUGCAGUAUGAGACCCUCCUGCCCCCUCUGGUGCGUGCGCGCGCGCACACACACACACACACACACACACACACACACACACACAGAGAAGAGGGAUACUCAGCAGAAGGGAGGUGAUGGCUCCCCAAAGAAGGAGAGGCUUUCCAAAACUUUUGCUUCCUCCCAAAGGUCCAAGGGCAUGUAUGCUCAGCUAAUUAGGAGUGCAGAAAAAGGUCCUCAGGCCAUUGGUGGGGUGGGAGAGCCCUUCACAUGCAAGAAGUUCCCAUAUCUCUUUCCUGUGCAGGGGCAGGGGAAACCUCAAAAACUUUUCUGCCUUGCUUUGGAUGAGAUGGGAGAGAGGGAAAGCCACAGCCGUUGAGCAGCCCCUGCCAAGAAGUAUCCAAACUAUCUCAGAAUUCCUGGGGUCAAACUGCAGCUCAUGCAGGAUAACUUCUGUGCCCUAGGUUACUGUCUGCUCACUGAACCACAGUGGAGCAAUCACGUGAGUACUGUACCACAAGCUGCCAGUCCAGAUUGUGUUGUUGAGAUGCCUCUACUCUGUCAGCUUAGAAGUUCCUUUUUUUUUUUCUUCUCCUCAGUGAUACCUGUUUUAAAUAUUUUAAAGUGAAAAUUUUGUGUUGAGUGGUGUUCUUGCUGCUGGGGGGAAAGAGGCAGUUGCUAUUCCACACCCUGAAAAGAAAUGACUUGUUGCUUUUCAGCAGAAGGCUUUUUCCCCUUGCCUUUGUUAUAGGAGACAAAGGGGGAAACAAAAGUGUUUUCUAUGUAGAAAGGCAUAAGCAUGGGAUUGGUUUUUAUGGGCAAACUAACAAAAAGAAGUCGUUGAGGUUCACCCUUGGAUGUGAGGAGCUCACAGAAAUAAACAUUCCUUUUAGAAAAAAGGAGGAGGCAGGAUGUUUCCGUACUGUUCAGUAUGGCUCGCUUUUCUAAGCUGAAGGAAAUACAAGGCUUAAAGAGGGGGAAAGCAAAGCAUAACUGAGAACACCUGCCAAAACAAGAGCCACUAAAAUAUGUAAGAUAAAGAUGCAUAUUUCUUCCCCCCCUCAGUCCCCCUUUUGUUCCAGUAAACCCGCUUUCUCCCCUGCUUUGCAGUGAGACUGCUGCAGGUAAAGUCGCUGCGCAGCUGGCUGUGGGGACAGGGUGAAUACUUUUCACGAUGGACCAAUCUGCCAGCUCCUCAAUUCCCUGAACCACAUAAGGUCUGGCAGUGCAGGAGGGGCUGGAGACAGCUGGGUUCUAGUUUUAAAAGAAGGCAGUUACUAUGAGAAACCUUCUCAUUUUUUGGUUAAAAAUACAGCUGUUUGUUUCCACUGAUCACAUCUUGGAAGGAAAGACAUUCAAAACUUAAUCAUCAGAUGCAGCAUUUUUUUUCUGGAAAUGUGACAAAUUUUUCUAUUCUUAAAUUUUUAUGUUGACUCUAUUUUAUUUUUAAAUGCUACUCUACCUUUAUAUUCACUGAAGGGGUUGUUUUUUAUAAAUCUGUGUGUUGUGUGUGUGUGUUUAUACAUUCUUGCCUAUGGACAAAAUAGGAAAUCAUGGAUUUUUAGCAAGUGUCCACCCUAUAGCUGUUCUUCAUGGGGGGAGGGGGGAAUGUCUGGAAGUAAACUUAAAAGGAAAAAAAUGUUCAGGGUGAGGGGGCAGACUACUGCAGUCUGAAGACAUACCAGUAGUCUGGGCAUGAGGAACAGCCCAGCAGCCAAAUCCUUCAGUAUGUCUGAUCUCAGACUUGUAGGGCUUGGGUUUUUGUCUUUUAUAAUGUGUACGGGGGGAAAAAACUGUAAGACAAGUGCAGUAUGUAUAUUUUGUAAAUCUCAUUUUUGUAAGAAAAAUAUGUAUUUAUGUUUCUACUUGAUUUCUUUUUAAGGUCUGUAUGAGGCCCUGCUUCAUCCCAUGUACAGAUCACUAAAUAAAUAAUUUUUAAUACAA